UGCCAAUCGGCACUGGUUCGGCACUUGCUGGGCACGGGUGCGCACCGGUGCCAACCAGUGCCAGUGACCGAUGGCAUGCCAUGCGCACCGGUGCGCACUGGCAGUGCCGCACUGAUUUUUACCAGUGUCGCACUGGAAUUUUUUUUAUAGGGAAUGUUUUUGUUUCAAGAUGAUUAUUAUUCAUCAUUUAUUUCAUUCAUUCGAUAGUCUGUCCACCUGAAUUUCAACUAAAUAAUCUUUACAGUAAUUUUCGAAGAUAUCAGUCUCUUUCUCCGUAAAUGAGUGGUGUUCAUUUAUUCUUUUUCGAUUACGAACCUUGACAACUUUAGAUUUUGUUUCACAUAGUAUUUGGUUACUUAACUUUUCACGUAUUGUACAUUUUCUUAUUUUACUUUCAGACAGUUAUGUCCAAACAUUCUAAAGAGAAGCGUAAAAAAAAACAUCAUCAUCCUCGUAAGAAAAUAGAACGUAAUCGUCGUUCUCGAACUCACUCAUCAUCUUCUCCAUCAUCAGAAUCUCGUUCAUCAUCGCACUCAGCUGAUCAAGAUGAAUAUUAUGAGCAAAGUCGUGAAACAAUACCAACUGGCGGAAAAACCAUGGCACAGAUUGAAAUUGAAAGAGAAAAAAUUCGUUUAGAAAAAAAAAAACAACGUGCAUUGGUAAAAAGUAUAGAAACACCACAAGAAAAACGUUUGAGACGUUUAGCAAAAAAAAUGGAAAAAGAACGAAGGCGAAAAUCAGAAUUAGGUUGGGGUGAAGAACAUAUGGGUAUGAAUAAUACAAAUAAUCCAUUUGGUGAUGAUAAACUAUUAGAAAAUUUUGUUUGGAAAAAGAAAUUGGACCGUCAGGGUUACACAAAUUUACCUGUUGAUCAGUUAAAUAGUAUGACAAGACAAAGAGUGGAAGAAAAUAAAUCUGAACUUGAAAAACUAAAACGUCAACGUUUAGAACGUGAACGUCAAAAAGAAGAAACGGACAAAGAAAAAGAAUUUCUACAACGUUUAAAAGAAGCUGAGUAUUAUCGAGAAUGGGAAAAACAAGAAGACUCGUUUCAUUUUAAUCAAGUUAAACUACGUUCAAAUAUUCGUAUUUCUGAUGGUCGUGCAAAACCUAUUGAUUUAUUAGCACGUUACAUUUCUGAAGAAGAUGAUCAAGAUUUAUCAGUAGAACUGCAUGAACCAUCAACUUAUCUCAAUGGUUUAACUAUUCGUGAUUUAGAAGAUUUAUUGGCUGAUAUACGAGUCUAUACUGAAUUAGAAACUCAAUCACAACGACAUUAUGAUAAACAAUAUUGGUUUGAUAUUACGUUGAUUACAGAAGAUGAAUUACAAAAAUUAAAAAAAUUACAAAAUUUGCAAAAUGAUGUUGGUGAUCGACGAGAAGGAAUUAAUCAGGCUGUAUUGACUGAUGUGAAUCAAACAUUUAAAAAUAAAACUCAUCAACAAUUAGAACAGUUAGAACAACGAAUAAAAACAAAAAUAGAAACAGAAAAACAAAUUGAUAUUGGCUAUUGGGAAUCGUUAUUAGCUCAAUUGCAAGCACAUAUGGCACAUGCACGAUUAAAAGAUCGACAUCAGUUAAAUUUACGUAAAAAAUUACAACAAAUUAAAGAAGAACAAGGCAUAUUCGCUGUUCCACAACAACCUCCAUCAAAACCUCUAUUUCCUUCAGUCGUAGUUGAAUCCGUGCGAUUAAAACGAGAGCAAGAAGAUGAUGAUGAGAAAGAUGAGAAAGAACGAAUGGAUACAGAUUAUCAGCAACAAGAUGAUGACAAAGAAACAAUAUGUAUCAACGAUUAUGAGCUGGGAAACUAUAGUCCGCAAUUGUUGACACAAGCUGAUUUAGAUCUUGAACAAUAUAUUGAUGAUGAAAUGGUCGAUAAAGAUAAAUUAGAACGACAACGACAAGAAGUUAGAAAAACAGGAGCUAUUAAACCUGACGUUGAAGAUGCAUUUGAAAAAUUUGCUCGUGAUAUGGGAAGUUUAACGAAUGAUGAUACCUCGAUUAAUGGUGUGGUACCAUUAGAUAUUCAGUAUCUAUGGUCAGAUAAAUAUCGGCCAAGAAAGCCAAGAUUUUUCAAUAAAGUUCAUACUGGUUAUGACUGGAAUCAAUAUAAUAAAAAACAUUAUGAUACUGACAAUCCGCCACCAAAAACUGUUCAAGGUUACAAAUUCAAUAUAUUUUAUCCUGAUCUUAUUGAUAAAGCGCAAACCCCAUCCUAUGAUCUAGUAAGUAAAACAGUAUGUGAGGAUAAUCGCGAAUUUGCUAUUCUAAAAUUUCAUGCUGGACCACCGUAUGAGGAUAUUGCCUUUAAAAUUGUUAGUAAAGAAUGGGAUUAUUCAUAUAAACAUGGUUUUCGUUGUCAGUUUCAAAAUGAACAUGAACGCCAAAAAGAAGAAACGGACAAAGAAAAAGAAUUUCUACAACGUUUAAAAGAAGCUGAGUAUUAUCGAGAAUGGGAAAAACAAGAAGACUCGUUUCAUUUUAAUCAAGUUAAACUACGUUCAAAUAUUCGUAUUUCUGAUGGUCGUGCAAAACCUAUUGAUUUAUUAGCACGUUACAUUUCUGAAGAAGAUGAUCAAGAUUUAUCAGUAGAACUGCAUGAACCAUCAACUUAUCUCAAUGGUUUAACUAUUCGUCAAAUAGAAUACAAUUAA